AUGGCCAGAGACAACUCCAUUGCUCGAGAUGCCGCGCGCAAAGACGGCAGCCCCGAGGAAGCAGCCGGUCUGCUGCACGACGGCCAGAUAAGGGCAGCUUCGCCCGAUGAAACCGACGAGGAUCUGGUCGUCUAUGAGAAACCACGCACACCCAUCGCAGGACGAAAGCCGCAACCGCCCAGACGGCAGUCUUCGUUCGCGCAACAUCGGCCGAAUGGCGAACCUCGAACGCCGCACCGAGUACGAUUCGACGUCACCGAGCCUGACACGAUAGGAGCGCAGAAUGGCUCGGCGCAUCCCGUGGACUGGAUAGAAGAGGCAGACUACCUGGGUGGCGAUGGCACAUAUGAUAGUGGGAGACAGCAGCGAGCACCACUGCUCACUGGUAUUGAGGCACCGAGUGUCACAUUGGCCAACGACUUUGAGGCUGAUGCGCUGGACCCAACACGGCCAAAGAGCAACAUGAGAAGCGCGUUCAUGAACAUGGCGAACAGCAUCAUAGGAGCUGGCAUUAUCGGACAGCCAUACGCCUUCAAACAGGCUGGACUGCUGGGCGGAGUCGUCCUGCUCAUUCUCUUGACAAUCACAGUGGACUGGACCAUCCAGCUCAUUGUCAAGAACUCCAAGCUGAGUGGGACCAACUCCUUCCAGGCUACAAUGGAGCACUGUUUCGGCAAGUCUGGACUUGUUGCAAUAUCAGUCGCCCAGUGGGCUUUCGCCUUUGGAGGCAUGGUGGCCUUUUGCAUCAUCAUCGGUGACACCAUUCCGCGAGUGCUGGCUGCACUCUUCCCAUCCCUCCAUCCAAUACCCUUCCUUGGGCUGUUGACAGAUCGACGGGCGAUCAUUGUACUAUUUACUCUCGGCAUCUCGUAUCCUCUUUCACUGUACAGAGACAUUGCAAUGCUUGCAAAAGCCAGCACCCUAGCAUUGAUCAGCAUGCUCAUAAUCAUAAUCACCGUCGUAACCCAAGGUCCACUUCUCCCCUCCACCAUGCGAGGACAACUCAAAGGUAGCCUCCUCAUCAACGACGGCUUCUUCCAAGCCAUCGGCGUCAUCUCCUUCGCCUUCGUAUGCCACCACAACAGCCUUCUCAUCUACGGCUCGUUGCGAACACCGACCAUGGAUCGUUUCGCCAAAGUCACACACUACUCCACCGGUAUCUCCAUGGUUGCCUGCAUCGUCAUGGCAUUGAGCGGCUACCUCGUCUUCGGCGACAAGACUCAAGGCAACGUCCUCAACAACUUCCCAACAGACAAUCUCAUGGUCAACAUCGCACGACUGUGCUUUGGGCUGAAUAUGCUCACGACACUUCCACUGGAAUGCUUCGUCUGUCGCGAGGUAAUGACGGAGUACUACUUCCCUGGCGAAGUAUACCAACCCAAUCGACAUCUGAUCUUCACGACAUCACUCGUCCUCAGCGCGAUGGGCAUGGCUUUGAUCACUUGCGAUCUGGGCGUGGUCUUUGAGCUCGUCGGCGCAACCAGUGCGUGCGCGUUGGCAUACAUCUUACCACCGCUAUGCUUUGUGAAGCUCACGAAGCGAAGGACAUGGGAGACGUAUGCAUGCUACGCCUGUAUCUUCUUCGGUAGCGCUGUGAUGGGAAUUAGCUUAUUACAGGCGAUGACGAAGAUGAUAAGAGGCGAGGGAGGGUCCACAGCUUGUCAUUAG